AUGGCCGGAUCUGCUCCCAACCUCUACAGUUUCUCCAACAACGACGCUUUGGCCCAGCAAUUGAGGCCCUACGUCUUGCGGUGUCAGAACUCCGCCCUCAGCCGUCACAGCACAUUCCGCGUCGCAGUCUCUGGUGGCUCCCUUCCGAAAGUCCUCGCCCAAGCCCUGCUGGCCCCUGGAAAUGGCUCCCCCGAGGAUACCGCUCAGUUCUCCAAGUGGGACAUCUUUUUUGCCGAUGAGCGCGCCGUGCCCCUCGAUCACGAAGACAGCAACUACCGCCUGCUGAAGGAAGAGCUACUGAACAAGAUCCCUGCGGAACUGGGUGCCCCGACCGUGCACACGAUCGACGCCGAUCACGUCAACGAUGACGACCCGCAGGAGCUGGCGGAUUUGUACCAGGAAGAGCUGAUGCGCUCCUUUGCCGCCAAGGAUAGCGUCAAGCUGCCCGUUUUCGAUCUGAUCCUACUGGGAUGCGGCCCCGACGGCCACACUUGCAGUCUCUUCCCCGGACACGAAUUGCUGCGGGAGAAGGAUUCCUGGGUGGCUGCCAUCAGCGACUCUCCUAAGCCGCCCCCGAAGCGCAUUACUCUGACUUUGCCCGUGGUGACCCACGCCCUCAACGUCGCCUUUGUUGCUACUGGCGGUGGAAAGAAGGACAUCAUGAAGCAGAUUUUCGACGCUGAGGAGGGGAGGGACCUACCCUCCGCUCUCGUUAACCAGGGUGGUGGCGAGAAGGUGAGCUGGUUCACCGAUAAUGCGGCUGUGGAGGGAGUCGCUUUCCCCCGACGUGGAAGCCUGUAAAUUAUGAGUGGGAAUGGUACGAAAUUGCUUUGAUAUGAUGGCUGGGGUGAAGGAUAAGAGGGAGACAGUCAUGGCGAGGCUACGGAAGGAUUCAACUAAUCUCAAAAUGGUCCCCCGAGCUUUACUAUUAUUCGACCACCUGUAUUACCAGAGCAAGGGGGACGGCUUAGGACCACGUACGUUCAAGGCUGGAUGAACUGUUCAUUGUCUCUUAUCUUCUAGCUGUUGGAGGGUUUCUUCUUAGACUUGCCAAAAGUUU